AUGUCUUACUCAGAUUUCACUAAAGCUGAAGAAUUGUUGAGUUCUUACUCAACUAAAGAUGGUCUCGACGUUAAAUCCUUGAUGGAUUCUAACAUUAGAGGUGGUUUGACUUACAACGAUUUCUUGGUCUUGCCAGGCAAAAUUAACUUCCCAUCCAGCAAGGUUUCUCUUAAAUCCAAGCUCACCAAGAAAAUCACUUUAAACACUCCAUUUGUCUCCUCUCCUAUGGAUACCGUCACUGAAAGUGAAAUGGCCAUCAGCAUGGCUUUGUUCGGUGGUAUUGGUAUUAUUCACCACAACUGUUCUGCCGAAGAACAAGCUGAAAUGGUCAGACAAGUUAAGAGAUUCGAAAACGGUUUCAUUAAUGAACCAGCUGUGAUUUCCCCACAAACCACUGUUGCUGAAGUCAAGAAAUUGCAAGCUACUUUGGGUUUCUCCUCUUUCCCAGUUACUGAAAAUGGUACUUUCCCAGGAAAAUUAGUUGGUAUUGUGACUUCUCGUGAUUUCCAAUUCCAUGAAGAAGCGGAAACCCAAGUUUCCGAAUUGAUGACCAAAGAAUUGGUUACUGGUAAAAAAGGUAUCACUUUGACUGAAGGUAACCAAAUCUUGACUCAAUCCAAGAAAGGUAAAUUGCCAAUUGUCGAUGCUUCUGGUAACUUGGUUUCCUUGUUGUCUAGAACUGAUUUGUUGAAGAACCAAGAUUAUCCAUUGGCCUCAAAGUCUCCAGUCACCAAACAAUUGUUGGUCGGUGCUGCUAUCGGUACUAUGGAAGAUGACAAGGCUCGUUUGGCUCUUUUGGUCGAAGCCGGUUUGGAUGUUGUUGUCAUUGACUCUUCUCAAGGUAACUCUGUUUUCCAAAUCAACUUGGUCAAGCACGCUAAAGCCACUUACAAGGACUUGCAAGUUAUUGGUGGUAACGUCGUUACCAGAGAACAAGCUGCUAGCUUGAUUGCUAGUGGUGUUGAUGGUCUUAGAAUUGGUAUGGGUUCUGGUUCCAUCUGUAUUACCCAAGAAGUCAUGGCUUGUGGUAGACCACAAGGUACCGCCGUUUACAACGUCACCGAGUUUGCCAACAAGUUUGGUGUUCCAUGUAUGGCUGAUGGUGGUGUUCAAAACAUUGGUCACAUUACCAAGGCUUUGGCCCUUGGUGCUUCCACUGUUAUGAUGGGUGGUAUGUUGGCUGGUACCGCCGAAUCUCCAGGCGAAUAUUUUUACAAGGAUGGUAAGAGAUUGAAGACUUACAGAGGUAUGGGUUCCAUUGACGCUAUGCACAAAACCAGUAAGUCUGGUAAUGCUGCUACCUCCCGUUAUUUCUCUGAGUCCGACAAGGUUCUUGUUGCCCAAGGUGUUUCUGGUGCCGUUGUUGACAAGGGUUCCGUCAAGAAAUUCUUGCCAUACUUAUACUAUGGUAUGCAACACUCUUUGCAAGAUAUUGGUUGUGAGUCCGUCGAAAUCUUGAGAGAGGAAGUUGAUGCCGGUAAGGUUAGAUUUGAAUUUAGAACUGCUUCCGCUCAACUCGAAGGUGGUGUCCAAAACUUGCACACCUUUGAAAAGCGUUUGCACAACUAG